GGCUGGAUGAACCAGCUGCACACCUACGACCCCGAGCUUUUCCACCCCUCGCUCACACACUCGGUGGUGGCCACGCUGGACGGGGCCACCCUCAAGCUCUCCUACCCCAAGAGCAACAUCCCGCGCCGAGCCACCUUCGAGGAGGAAAUCCUCAACGUCGCCUUCGUCAGCCACCGCUGCUACGACCUGACUGACGCCAAGGUCUUCCUCUGCCCCCCCAGCCUGGCCCGAAAGCGGACGUGGAACAAGAAAUACCCCAUCUGCAUCCUCCUUCCUGACCCGGCGGAGGUGGAGAGCAGGAACAGCGAGGAGCAGGACGUGGAGAUGCAGAGGGAUGAGGGGAUGAAGAAGGCACUGGUUCCGGGGCAGGAGGUCCCAGGGGAUGGCAGAGAGCGGUGCCUGUACCUCUUUGGGAGGACGGGGAGAGAGAAGGAGGAGUGGUACCAGCACCUCGUGCGAGCGGCCCGAGGGACCCCCGGCAGCAGCCACCGGGGGCCCCCGCGGCAGCAGCCACGGAACGCGCUGGUGGGGCGAAUCUUCUGGGACUUCCUCCGGGAGCCGUACUGGGCCGAGCAGGUGUCCAGCAAGAUCCAGAAGAAGCUGAGCAAGAUCAAGCUCCCGUAUUUCAUGAACGAGCUGACGCUGACGGAGCUGGACAUGGGCGCAUCCAUCCCCUCGGUGCUCAGCGCCUCCAACCCCACCGUCCAUGACCGAGGGCUCUGGGUGGACAUGGAGGUCACCUACAGCGGCUCCUUGCAGAUGACGCUGGAGACGAAGAUGAACCUCUGCAAGCUGGGGAAGGAGAGCGCUUCUGAGGAGAGCGGCCCGGCAGAGGCGGGCGGAGAGGGCCGGAAAAUCCUGCGCUUUGUGGAUAAGAUCGCCAAGUCCAAGUACUUCCAGAAGGCCACCGAAAACGAGUUCAUCAAAAAGAAGAUUGAGGAGGUUUCCAACACGCCGCUGCUGCUGACGGUGGAGGUGCAGGAGCUGGCGGGCACCUCAAAAAGAAGAUUGGCAGGACCGCCGACGGACCGUGUCUGGUACAGCUUCCGAGUCCCACCCCAGCUGGAGCUGAAGGUGCUCCCAAAACUGGGCGAGAGGGAGGUGACGUUCCUCCACGUCACCGAGUGGAUCGAGAAGAAGCUGCAGCACGAAUUUCAGAAAAUUUUGGUGAUGCCGAACAUGGACGAUCUCAUCAUUCCCAUCAUGCGCUCUGGCCUGGAUCCUCAGCCACCCAGCGGGGAUCAGCCCAGGGACCUCCCAGCCAAGGGGGAGAGGAGGCUCUGA